ACAACAUUUACUUUCGAAUAAUUUUAUCCUCUCGCCCGCUCUUUUGCAUCCAUCGAACCUGAAACUUGAUACAAGCUAUGUCACUCUCUUAUUUCAAUGUUAAAAGACUUCGCCGCCAAUCCAAACAAGGCGAUGCACCAUCGUCUCCCAUCGAAGAGGCCGCCACUUCGCCUGUCCUUGACGAAGCGGAUGAAAAGUUCCUCGAGCGCCUCGCUGCACUCGCUGUAGAGCCUGAAGGCACUCCGCCGCCACUUCCAGAUCGCCCUGUAACACUGACCAGCGGGGAGAAAAGCAAAGAAACUGAGACUACCUCCGAUGUUGACGCCGAUGCCGACGUGAAACAGAAGAAGAGUAUUAUGUCUUAUUUUGCACUUGCGCAAGCCAAGUUCAAACACUCUGGGGAGAAAGAACAUAAGGAUAAAGUUCGAUCAGACAAAGGGAAACACAAGGUGACAGACAAGGACAGGCAAAAGGUUGCGGAUGACCUUCAUUCUGCGGCUGAGGCAACUAAAUCUUUCGAGGAGAAAGAAACAGAGAAGGAGAAAGAGGACAUUACGGUCAUCUUGGAUCAACUCAAUCUUGCCGCUGUGAACAACCGCGUUUUCAGCUUCUCAAAGGAAUCCCAGGAGCUCCUCGACAAGUUUAAGUUAGUCCUGAAAGAUAUCGUCAAUGGCGCCCCAACAGCCUAUAAUGACCUCGAGAAACUUCUCACUGAUUCCGAAAAUCAACUCAAGAAUAUGUACGGAGGUCUCCCCCCAUUUCUGCAGAAUCUGGUCAAGAGCCUUCCGGCGAAGAUAACGGCAGCCCUCGGCCCAGAGAUUCUUGCUGCCCAGGCAGAGAAACCGGGCUUUGACGCGAAGCAACAUGCAUCUGCAAGUGGCUUCGGAAAGAGAUCCAGGUCAAAGAAGUUAAAAGUUCCCAGCCUUAAGUCACUCGUUUCCGCCGAGGGUGCUGUGGCAACAAUGCUGAAAACCAUUCUCAAUUUCCUCAAGUUUCGCUUCCCUGCUCUUAUGACUGGCACAAAUGUGCUCAUGAGCCUCGCCGUGUUCUUGCUCCUCUUUGUAUUCUGGUAUUGCCACAAACGCGGCCGCGAAACUCGGCUUGAGAGAGAGCGCCUCACUGCUGAAGGUGUGGAUUCUGCACUUGCCAGCAGUGUAUCCUCCUUCGAUGACGACGGCGACUUAUUUUUCGAAGACCAGCAAAAGGGAGAAAGUAGUAAUGAGAGGCCUGCACCUCCACUCAUCAUCCACGACGAUAGAGAAGCCCCUGACAAGCAGCACGCAAGCGUCGAUGACAUGCCAUCAGUCUUACAUCUCCCCGAGCCGCCAUCUGGCGCAACUCCGUUGAAAGAGGAGCUGUUAAGAGAGGCGCCGCUAAAGUCAUCGGGUGCUCUGUAGGAAAUUAACAGUUAUGAUGAGGCUUCUGUAGCAGUGAAGUGUUGGCUAUCCCUUUAGAUUGAUAUCCCAGUAUUUAAGUAUUUCUUGUAAUAGAGGCAGGUCUAUGGAUUUCGGAUCUGCUUAGUAUAUGGCUAAUGAAUUGGAUAAUGACGGGACG